CUUCCACAUUCGAAGAAUCCAAAAUUCAUCCCUUGUUGAACUUCAGCAAAAUGAGACUCAAGACUUCUUUGUUAAAGGAACCAAAACAUAAGGAACUGGUUAGCUGCGUGGGCUGGACCUCCGCUGAUGAACUGUAUUCCUUCAGUGAUGACCAUCAAAUUAUGAAAUGGAAUUUGUUGAAUGGUGAGACAAUGCUGGUAGUGAAACUCCCAGAUGAUACAUAUCCUAUUGACUUGCACUGGUUUCCCAAGAAUGUUGCUAACAAGAAACAAGGGCAAUCCGAUAUGUUUGUGCUUACAAGUUCUGAUGGAAAAUUCCAUCUAAUUACUAAGGUCGGCAGAGUAGAGAAAAGUGUGGAGGCUCAUUCUGGAGCAGUACUUGCUGCCCGCUGGAAUUAUGAUGGGACAGCACUUGUUACAGGUGGUGAAGAUGGACAUGUGAAGAUUUGGUCACGAAGUGGAAUGCUGAGAUCCACAUUGGCGCAGAAUGGUUUGCCAAUAUAUUCUGUUGCCUGGGGCCCUGAUUCGGAGAAAGUUCUUUACCCUAUGGGAAAACAGCUCAUCAUAAAGCCACUGCAGCCAAGUUCCAAGGUUUUACAGUGGAAAGCCCACGAUGGUGUAAUUUUAAAGGUUGACUGGAAUCCUAUCAAUGAUCUCAUUUUAUCAGCUGGGGAAGAUUGUAAAUAUAAGGUUUGGGAUAGUUAUGGACGCCUCUUCUACAGCUCGCCAUCCCAUGAGUACCCAAUUACAUCCGUUUCCUGGGCUCCUGAUGGAGAUCUGUUUGCUGUGGGCUCCUUUCAUACGCUCCGACUCUGUGACAAAACUGGGUGGUCCUAUGCUUUGGAAAAACCAAAUACUGGCAGCAUCUUCAAUAUUGCUUGGUCUGUUGAUGGAACCCAGGUUGCCGGAGCUUGCGGAAAUGGCCACGUCAUUUUUGCUCAUAUCAUUGAACAACGCUGGGAGUGGAAGAAUUUUGAAGUAACUUUGACCAAGAGACGUGCAAUGCAGGUUCGCAAUGUAAUAAAUGAUGCUGUAGAUUUGUUGGAGUUCCGUGACAGAGUCAUUAAGGCAACUCUGAAAUAUGGACAUCUAGUGGUUUCCACCUCUCUCCAGUGUUAUGUUUUUAGCACAAAGAACUGGAAUACACCAUUGAUAUUUGACCUCAAAGAAGGAACUGUCAGCUUGAUCUUGCAGUGUGAAAGGCAUUUCCUCCUAGUGGAUGGUGGUAAUCUGUAUUUAUACUCCUAUGAAGGCCGUCUCAUCUCAACCCCCAAGAUUCCUGCAAUUAGGACAGAUAUUCUCAAUUCACAGACGGUGUCUUUGAGCAAUGACACAAUUGCUAUAAAGGACAAAACAGAUGAAAAAUUAAUCUACUUGUUUGAUGCAUUAUCGGGGAAGCCCCUAGGGGAUGGCAAGCCGCUUGCUCAUAAGAUUGAAGUAAUGGAAAUUGCUCUUGAUCAAGGAGGACUGGCAAAUGAGAGAAAAAUUGUAUUUAUUGAUAAAAACCAUGACCUUUAUAUAAGUCCAGUUAGGAAGUUUGGAAAAGAACAGAAAUCUAUCAAGAUUGGUAGCAUGGUACAUACUUUAGCCUGGAAUGAUGUAUCUAACAUACUGUGUGGAAUUCAGGAUAAUCGUUUCACAGUCUGGUAUUAUCCAAACGUAGCAUUUGUAGAUAAAGAACUGUUGCCAAAAACAGUGAGCGAAAAAGAUGGAAGUGACUAUAGUAAAAGUCCCCAGAUGAUCAGUUUUGUUGGAAACAGAGUGACAAUCCGGAAAAGUGAUGGCUCCCUUGUCCACACUAACACUUCUUCAUAUGCUGCAAUCCUUCAUGACUACUCUGCUGCAGCUAAGUGGAAUGAUGCAUUGAGGCUCUGCCGUUUUGUAAAGGAGCAGACCAUGUGGGCUUGUCUAGCAGCUAUGGCUAUUGCAAACAAGGAGAUGUCAACAGCUGAAGUUGCAUAUGCAGCAAUUGGCAAAAUUGACAAAGUUCAGUACAUAAAUUCAAUUAACGAUCUACCAUCAAAAGAGUCCAGAUUGGCUCACAUCCAGCUCUUCAGUGGGAAUUUUCAAGAUGCUGAAGCCAUUAUCCUGCAAGCUGGCCUGAUUUACCAAGCCAUACAGCUCAACAUUGACUCCUACAACUGGGAGAGGGCUCUGGAGCUAGCAGUGAAACACAAAACACAUGUCGACACUGUGUUGGCAUAUCGGCAGAAAUAUCUAAAGGACUUUGGUAAAGAAGAAACCAACAAGAGAUUUCUGCAAUAUGCAGAAGGCGUUGAAGUAAGCUGGGAGAAAAUCAAAGCCAAAAUCGAGAUGGAGCUUGCGAAAGAGAGAGAACGAGCUUCUGCUGGGCCUCUAACCAGGAGCAGUGUUUCCAUGUAACCUUACACAAACAUCAUUAACAGUUUACCAAAUGAACAAUUGUGUUUAAAACAACCGAUCCAAUUGAGUUGUUUUCCCAGUGACAUUAGAAA